GGUCACCUGCUGUUUAUCAGAGCGCCCCCUGCUGUUUAUCAGAGCGUUACUCCUCCUGAUAAACAGACACACACUCAGCUCCGCCUCCUCAUUAUUCACCACCAUCGCUGGAAUAUAUCACCAUCAACAUUACCGCAGGACAGUAAUCAGAGGGACGGUGGAGUUCGAGUCUCACCCUCACAAGGAGAUUAAAGCUGUGUAAACACAGUAACGUGUAUUUUAGAUGUUUAGUUAAAUCAAAUUAUUACUUUUACUCAUUCUAUUAUAAAUUUGUAUCAAUAGUAACAAUAAUGAACCAAUAUUGUAACUUAAUUCCUUAAACUGUUACUAAACCACGUUUUAACUUUCCUUUUCUUAUUCUCUCUUUCAGUGUAUGUGUCAGCUGUUCCUCUAGUGAGGGUGAAGCUUCAUGACUCUGCUACUCUGCCCUGCUCUGAGACAUGUCCUGGUUUGGUCAGAUGGACUUUGUUUUAUAACCCCACUGAUGUUCUGGCUGAGUGUGAUCAGACCUCAUGUAGAUCAGUGAAGGAGGGAUAUCAGAUGAUCCAUGAUCAGUACCUGAAGGGAGAUUUCUCUCUCACCAUCUCUGACGCUGAUUACAGUAUGAUGGGCACGUACACAUGUGAGUGCGGUAAUUCUGAACUCUGUGAUGUGCGGCUUCAGGUUGAGGAAACACCAGAGGCAGGGAACAAUAUUUCUGGCAGCAGUCAUACUAAAGGAACGUCCCACGUGUAUGUGUCAGCUGUUCCUCUAGUGAGGGUGAAGCUUCAUGACUCUGCUACUCUGCCCUGCUCUGAGACAUGUUCUGGUUUGGUCAGAUGGACUGAGUUCCAUAAUCCCACUGAUGUUCUGGCUGAGUGUGAUCAGACCUCAUGUAGAUCAGUGAAGGAGGGAUAUCAGAUGAUCCAUGAUCAGUACCUGAAGGGAGAUUUCUCUCUCACCAUCUCUGACGCUGAUUACAGUAUGAUGGGCACGUACACAUGUGAGUGCGGUAAUUCUGAAGUCUGUGAUGUGCGGCUUCAGGUUGAGGAAACACCAGAGGCAGGGAACAAUAUUUCUGGCAGCAGUCAUACUAAAGGAACGUCCCACGGGUCUGAAUCAGCUGUUGGUCCAGUGAAGGUGAAGCUUCAUGACUCUGCUACUCUGCCCUGCUCUGGGAGAUGUCCUGGUUUGGUCAGAUGGACUGAGUUCAGUAAACCCAGUGAUGUUCUGGCUGAGUGUGAUCAGACUUCAUGUAGAUCAGUGAAGGAGGGAUAUCAGAUGAUCCAUGAUCAGUACCUGAAGGGAGAUUUCUCUCUCACCAUCACUGACGCUGAUUUCAGUAAGAAGGGAGUCUACGCAUCUGACUGUGAUGGUAAAGAUCUCUGUGAUGUGGAGCUUCAGGUUGAGGACACACCAGAGCCAGAGAAGAGGCCUGAGAUCAAAGGAGACAUUGACAAACCAUCCCAUGGUGAAGAACAACGCUGGGUGCCUGUGUUGGUUGCUGUGCUCACGGUGGUGCUGAUGCUGGUGCUGUUGCAGAUACUGGUGCAUGUGUCUGUAGCUGCAGGGUGGUAUAUGUUCAAAGCAAGGAGCAUGAAAAGUUCCGAUCAGGAGGAAAACCAGGAGUAAAGUUCUGCAGUGUGAGCUCAGCAUCAGCUAACAGUUUCUGACUGUGAUAUUAAUAUUGAUAUUGAUUGUAUCUGUAAGUGUUUAGUUUAGUGAAUCUCUUUUUCAUGGUGUUCCUCUGUAAGAACAAAGUCUGUCUGGUUUUCUGACUCUGUGAUGUUGAUUAUAUUGAUUGUAUCUGUAAAUGAUUAGUUUGUUCCACUGUAAAGAACAGAGACUGUCUGGUAGCUCUCAGUCCCUCACACACACACACACACACACACACAGUCAGUGUAUAAACACCGUAAAGACCCCGACACUCUGACACCCCGACCAGCAGCAGCUCAGCUGUGUCUGAUUUCAUCUUCAGCUGAGUGCAGAGCGUCUGAAGCAGCUGUAAGGCAGCAUGUUCACCCUUCAGCUCCUGAUAGAAGUGUGGAGGAGUUCCUCUCAGAGCUCACAGCUCACUAUCACACACACAGUCCUCAGUUCUUUCAGUGGAAUAAGAGCUUUCAUACAGACGUGGACUUUAAAGUGUAUAAGCUGUUACUGUUUUAAAGGAAACUCUGACUGAUGAGACUCAUGUGCUUUAUAACAGUGUAGUAAUGUCCAGUAAUAUUAUUAGGGAUGUCCCGAUCAGGUUGUUCUGCCCCCGAUCCCAGUCGAGUCAUUUAAUAUUGACAGUCUUCUGAUACUGAUUCUCAAUCCGAUACUUACAGUAUAUUUUCCUAGAUAAUUCUAUUGCACAGUGCACAAUUCAAGUACAUUAUAGUUUGAUUAAAAUCAAUCCCGUGUAUAUGCUCCACAACUGAACAGGUCUGCAGUGCAUUAAGAAAAGCAUUGUCUGCAUACAAGAAAACAAAUUAAAAGAUGUCUUUAUAAAUAGUUUGGAUUAAUUCCAUUUAGUGCAGCAGUGCAGUAGUAAAACUAGAACACUCAAAAUGAGUAAAAUAAUUAUAAUUCCACUUUAAAGUGUUGUAAUAGCUUAACAUUCACAAUCAUGCCAAAAACCACAAUUCCAUCUAGUGCAGCAUUAUAGUACAAACAGUAUACUAAAAUUAAAAAUCAGAAAUCUCAGUUCCAUUUAGGUGGUGUAGCAGCUUAACUUGAACAUGUAAAAAAACAAUACAUUUCCACUUAUUAGAGCAACAGCAUUAUAGUAAAAUAUCAAAAUAAUAAAGUUGCAUUGUACUUGUUUGUUAUCUGGGAAGGCCAGUUCUUCAAAUGCUUUUAUUGCAGCUGCUACACUGUUUCCUAUCUUAUUCAGUUCCAAAUGAAGUGACAACAACUCAGAGGAACCUCUGCCAUGUUAGGUGAGAACCACGGUUCCUCUUCUCAUCAAUAACGUUCGAGACUGGACUAAAGAGUCACUCACUGUCCACACUUGCACAGGAGACACAGAGAAACUUGUUUGCAAUAGCAGCCAGUGAGGGAAUCGAGAUGCAACACCGGCUUCACAUCAAAGGUCGAGUCAGUCCAGUGCGCCGUGAGGCUAAGUAAUGAUGGGGAAACAGCAGAGCUCCAAAUGUCGGUGAUAAAGCUAACAGCACUCACAUCUGAUAGAAGACCUCGAACCUUGAACGUGCUCACGAGCCUUGCUGUAAAGCUCCGGUGUGGCUGUGUCUGUAGGACGUAGCGUGGCUCCAAAAGACGACGAAAACCUCUUUUCUACCAAAGCCAUAGGCUUGUCAUCUACGCGAUGAACUCAAUUACUCGCUCAGUAAUCUUUUUGGCCACGCCUCUGUUCUUUUAAAAGUUUGCUCUAGUGUGUGUUGCUUUGGUGCAGCCUUCACCUGAGUUACAUGAGUAAACUCACUGUAUUCUGCUGAGUGUUUACUUAGGCGCCGUAUCAGCUCUGUUACUACUGCCUCACGAAAUGCUAGCGUUGCGUACAUUACACACGACUGUUGGACUGGUUUCGUUCUCCACUUCAUUUUAUCCACACAUUUCAACACACCAGACAUUUUAGCAGCGUCCAACCACAAAUUGCACUCUCCGCUACAACACCCAUGUAACCACUGACGUAAAACAUAGGAUCGGGCAUAGAUUCAUGCUCAAUAAAGCCGAUAACGAUCAGUUAAAAAUGCCUUGAUCGGCCCCGAUACCAAUCUUUGAGAUCGGAUUGGGACAUCCCUAACUAUUAUAAUACAAAAAACAAAAAAAGGCUCUAGAUAAAGCUGGAAAGGUUCCAUUAGAUGUUUAGCUGAUUCCUAUUAGAGCAAUUUUAACAGUCAGUGUUUUGCUUGGUACUGGACAUGUUCGCCACAUCGAGGCCUGAGUAUCAGUCAGGGUUUGAUUUAAAUUGUUCCAUCACCGUUAUUGUUAUUACUUUUAUUACUGUUACUACUUUCUGUACUUGUAUUACUAUUAUUACUUACUUACCCGCAUUGCCUUUAUUACUAUAUCACUUUCUUUACUGAUAAUAGGGCAGCAAACUAACAUGCAGCUCAUCCAGCUAAUGGCCUUUUACAGUAUGCGUGGUUAAUAUUAGUAAUAGCAGUAGCAGUAAAGCUUUUGCUAGUAGUAUUGUGCCUUUGAUCGCUACAAAUAAGAGUUAAAUCAAUAGAUGUCAAAUAUUUCCUGCCUUAUUUUGAAUAUGACGUCACAAACAUCACUCAGAAGACGUGAACUGGCCCAUGAGACAGUGGGCAGUAUAGAUAUUAAUGUUCGUUUAGAAGUAACAGCUUCAGUUCUUCUCCUCAGGAACCCAGUUGGGAAACAGAAUAGCAGCUCACUGUCUCUUAUUUGUAUAGUCCAUUGCAUUGAACAGUGCUUUGUUUUGUGUGUUCUUUAUAUGUCAUAUUUGAAGCUUUGGUGUUAUAAAUAAAAGCCGAACUAUAGUUGUUAUUUGUAAUUUGCUGAUAGUGCCUAAAAUUAUAACAAUGCAAGGCUGUUAUACUCCUGGGUAAAUAAAGGCUGUUUGAAGGAA